AUGGCGACGGCUCUCUCUUCCAUAUUGCCGGCGGUGGUGGCGGCACACAGUACUGUCUCCCCUUCGAAAGCUCAUAAGCCUCCGGCAACUCUGCGGUUCCUCAAACCAUUUAAUCGGCCCCUCGUUCCCUCUAUUCACCGAAGAUCACCAAUUUCAGCUAGUGCUGCGGCCACCGUGGAAGAUGAACGGCAAAACGAUGAAGAGUCAGUAAGCAUUGACGUCCUUAGACGCUUCAUUAACCUCAACUUGGGCUAUUGGACCGGCUAUUUCCAUCAAUUCGAUUGCAAUGGGGAUUUGUUGCAUAAAAUUAGCACGAAGCUCAGUGCGAGUUCGUAUGGGGAAGAUGAACUCAUGAGCUUGAUUCAAUCGUUAUACAUCAAGCAGCCUCCUCUAAGCACUUCAGACCCUGAAGAAUGGUUCGAGUACAAAAUUAAAGAAACCAACAUGUUCACAGUUGACAAAUAUCAACAAAUUUGUUUUUUCCCUAUAGAGAAGGCAUUUGCAUUGAGAUACCAGACAGCUGGAAUGUUGGAAACAGUGAUAAGACAAGGGGUGUUAGGUGAAGAUGACACUGGUGAAGAAUCGCCCAGGAAUUUGAAGCUUCCUUCUCGACGGCCGGCAAUUGUAUGUGAAAACUGCAUCUUUUCAUUUGAAAAAGAUGUGAGAGUGAGAGCUUUCCAUAUAAUGAACCCACAGGGCAUACUCGAAAUGCUUCUGUUAUUCCUGGAAGAAAGAGGAAGCAAAGAUAAUCCUCAUCCUUCCUUUGACGAGUCUAAGGAUUUGGACAGGAUUACUCCACAUUUGGGUACGUGGAAGGGUCGCUCUAUAACCAAACGCAGUGGAGUUUAUGGAGCCACAAUAGCCGAAGCCAGUACGGUAGCUACACUUGAAAUUAAUGGGGAUGGUCAGCUUGCCCAGGAGGUAAGAUGUACAUCAGAUGGUGGUGAUGUAACGACAUCUGUAAGCUGGAUGGGUUCAAUUUGUAACAACACGAUCAGCUUUGAUGGUGGUUACAAGUUUACGUUGUUGCCGGGUGGGAUCUACAUGGGAUGCCCUUCUGAUAUUGCAAAGAGCGUGCAAGAAUCAAUGUGCUUUCAUUUGGAGCUAUGUUGGGCUGAGUCGACUGUCAAGAGACAGAGACUGGUCCGGACGUACGAUGCAGAAGGGUUAGCAGUCUCAUCAACAUACUUUUGCGAAACUAAACAAUGA